AUGGCUUCGAACAUGACGCUGCCCGGUGGCUCCCUGCGGAGUAACCAGGGCCCAGGUCCCAGCUUCGCAGGCUCCGGGCACCUGCGGAGCUUGUCAGGACUGCCGUCGGAUGGCGAGGAGAGUCCGGAAGCCAUGGCUCACUGGCAGACGAUGGUGGACAGCGGCUGGAUCACGGACCAGGUGCAGGCGAGUGAGGCUGUGAGCCAUUUCAGACUGCCACGGGAGUUCCGCGAUGGCCGGCCCUUGCGGUACAAUUUGCUGGCCUCGGACGAGGAGAAAGUCUUGGGCAAACUGGAAAAGCUUGGAGGCAAGGCGCCCGCCCAGGAGAAGAAGGAGACCUUCAGCCUGUCAGAGGAGGGGAUGCUGAGGCUCGCCACUCGCAGCGUGGGGAUUCUGAUUGAGCUCCAGUACGAAGACGGCCGGCGAAUUGCGCGGUGCUCCUUGAGCAGGAUGGACCCCCGCUCCGCCAAGCCGAACACGUACAGCUGCUGGGAGAACGAAGGAAGCGACGUGCCAAUCUGCGGGGUGGAGCUGACCAUCUUCGAAGGGGCCCAGGAGCUCGAGAAGACGACGCUCCCGGAAAAGGCAGCGGCUUCAAGCUCCAGCUCUCCCAGAGGCCCGCCGGCAGACUUCCCGCCCGGGGCAGGACAGUCCCAGUCCCAGCCCAGGAGGGAGCCCACCUCGCAGGACAUCUCCUUCGACCCACCACCGCUGGCCCGGAGCGGCGUUCCCCCGCCGCCCCCACUGCCCACACCGGGAAUGCCGGCACUUGGUCGAGAAGUGGCCGUGAAGGUGUCUCGGCUCUUGGACGUGCCCAGCCGCCCGCAGAAGAACUACGUGGUGAGGGUUCUGGACUCUCUCGGCCAACUCGCAGCCACUCCGGAGGUGCCCUCAGAGGCCAGCGCCGCAGCCAGCACCGUCCACCUGGGGCCUGAGGGGGACCUGGCGCUGCGCACGGAGUCGCCGCUGCUGACUCUGCGGGUGGAGUUUUCCGAUGGCCUGCUGAUUGGGUCUUGCCAGAUUUAUCGUCCGGACCCGCGAUCUGAGAAGAUGUCUCAGUACCUCUUGACCGACGCUGCUGGUGGCUCCGCAGACUGCGGCGUGGAGCUGCAAGUUCUGGAGGCAGUGAAGGCCAGUCGCCACAUGGGCGGCAACCUGCCUGCCGGAAGCCGUGUGGUGGAGCACCCGGCCGCCGCUUCUGCAACCGUGACUGCAAGGUCAGAUACUUUUGGAUGGGCAUGGAUGGGCUGUUCCAGCUCCAACGGCCUUGCGCCGGCCAAGCCUGUGAAGCCUGUGACUGGCCUGCGCAAGCACGCCGGAGUUCAUGACCUUCGGCGCUGCCAUCACGGCGGCGUCCAGCUGCAGAACCAUACAAAGGACGACCUGCAGGUUCGCUUUGCCGAGCCAAACCUCCUGGGCGGCUCCUUGCAGGUGCUAGAGUUGCCGGCAGGGGAGAGCCUCACUUUCGAUCCGGGCGAGUCUUGGAACUUUGACUUCCACCUUUCCGUGAACGAGAAGCUGCGUGCUCACGUCGUGCGCGGCGGAUCCUACAUCGUGAAGAGAAGCGACGGCGCCACUGCCGCAGACACUGCCUCCUUGAGUCUGGAAACGCUGUCCUUGCCGACCCGGGAGACGAGUGACAAACUUGCCAACCUCAAGGGUCUCAGCUUUUCAUUCUCUGCGUCGGGGUGGCUGGUGAUCUAUCAGCUUGGUGUGGCCGAGUGCCUGCAGAAUCACGGCAUCGCCAAGAACCCCUAUGCGCGCGUAUCCGGAGCCUCCGGCGGUGCUCUGGCCGCCUGCAUCAUGAUGUACGGCGCCGACCCCCGGAAGCCCUUGGAGGUACUCCUGCAGUCUGCGCAGAUCCUCCACGCUCGGCCCGAGAAAGCCUUCUUGCUCCGGAAGUUCGUGCUCAAGGCGAUGCAGGAGAUCCUGCAAGAUGGUUCCUUUCAACAUCCAGUCUUUGAGUCCCGUCGUCUGGAGAUUGGGGUGUCCUCUACCCAGAACAAGGGCCCCGGCCGCUUCAUCAACAUGAUGUUGAACGGCCGGGAGCAUCGGCUCAAGAAUUUCAGCAGCACGGCCGACGUGGCUGUGGCCUUGCUGGCAUCCUCCACCUGCGGGAUCUCUGGGCUCCCAUUCACAUUCCACGACGAGGAUGGCGAGGAACGGCAGGUCGCCGACGGCGCCUUCAAAAACUUCCUGCCCACUUUGGAUGAGAAUUCGAUUACGGUGAAGCCCUUCUGCGCAGGAGUGGACGUAUUGAAACUGACGGGGCAACGAGCGGAUAUAGGGCCCUCCGAGUUUGUGCCCGGCUCCUUCGGGGUCUUCCCGCCGCCUCGAACGCUUUUGCAGCACCUUUACGAGCUCGGCUACCGGGACACGGAGACCUGGCUUCAGCUUCACUUGGAGGAACGCCUGAAAGACGUGGCCAAGACGGAGUCCGCUUCGGAGGCCGCGGAGGCAGACCUGCCGCCCGUGGCCUUCAGCUGUGAGAAUGACGGCAUGCUUUGGCACAAGGAGGUCCUGCAACGAGUCCCCGUGAAGUGGGCGGACAUGCUGAACUCCCGCAACUUCCUCGCGGACAAGACUCCCCAAAUUCGGCGCCAAGGCAUGUUGGAGCUGAGCGAUCUCAGCUUUGUGGGGCCGGACGGGCAGACGGCCGAGGCGGCUCCUUGGGAAGUCACCGGCGUGGCUCGGUGGAUGGUGUUGACGGAGCUGGACAUGCGAUGGCAGGAAAGCGAGAAGGAGCAUGCGGAUCCGAGUCACGACGAGGACCAGCAGAGGGUGGAGUGGAUGAUCCAGGAGUUACAAGUUCCUUCCGCUUCGGCUGGCUCCAAGCAAGGGUCACAGGAGGCGUUUCUACGCAGGCUCACGUGCGGCCGGGUCCACCUCUCCUGGAUAUCGGACGCAUACAUCGACGAGUAUUGCCGAAGAUGCUCCGUGGACACGCCAGAGAGGCAUUUCGUGGUGAGCACCGUGAACUACUCCCUGACUCUCAGGGCCGCAUCUCAUGAGGAUGCGAUCGCCUGGACUACGGCGCUGCAGGACGCGAUCGCAGAAACUCGGGACUACGACCCUGAGGCCAAGAGCAAGAGCAAGGGCAGCACCAUCGAUAAAGAGUAG